AUGGAAACUUUACAUAAAAUCGAUUCUUUACUUGCUAAAUUAACUAAUUCUGUACCAGAAGUAAAACCACGAUUUUACUUACAUCCUUCUCGUCCUUUAGAAUGUUCUUAUAGACAAUUAGACACUUUAAUUACUAUUAUUACUGAUGAAAAACCAUAUUGUACGUUAAGGUGUUAUAAGAGUGCUUUAGAACAUAAUAUUACUUCUUCUUGUCUUUGUAGAGUAACUGGAGAUUAUUAUAAUAUGCCAUUUGAAUACAGAAGAAAACAAUUAAAUUCUGAAUCAAUAACUCAAUUAUGUAAAUCAUUAAUCCUUGAAAAUACAGCUUUUCCAGAUGAUGGGGUAGAAACACCAACAUUCUCAAGAUUUUAUUUAUUAAUUGUUCAGUAUGUAGCACAAAUGCAAUCUCAUAAAUUAUUUAAAUAUUUAAGAACAAUUAAUCCAACAGUUCCAAAGAAAUACUUCCAUUUUAGGGUUGCUGAUGAAAGUGAAGCAAUCACUAUUUCUGGUUUUGAACACAACGCCAUUACUCCAUUUGGAAUGAAUAAAGAAUUACCAAUAGUUCUUGCUGAUGAUAUCACUAAAUUACCAGGUGAUUAUUGUUGGAUUGGAGGUGGAGAAAUUGAUGUUAAAUUAGGAUUUAAUGUUUCAGAGUUUAUUGAAAAAAUGAAACCAAUGAUCACGGAUAUUUAUAAACGUGAUGGAGAAAAAGAAGAAGUUCCAAUGAACGAUAAUUGA